UCCAGCCCGACGCAUCCAAGAAAACCCGCCGCGUGUGUCUCUCUCUCUCCCCGCCGGUUUGACGCGUGAAUCAAGGCCAACCAGGACUGAGGAGAUAGUACCGGGCUCUGCAAGCUGGAACAUUCAUAUUCUUUUAUUUGUAUUUAUUUAUUUUUUUCUCCCCCAACGCUGGCAUCUUGUGAGAAUUAUCUCUGGUCACCUCCGCGGGUUUUUGAAAACAUACCGAUAAACUGGUGCGGUGCUCCGGUCAUGCUGCGCACCUGCCAGCCCUGCGCGCACGGACCGGACUGCUGAACGAAACAGCGGGGCAACUUUGGAGGGGGAAGAAGUUGCCAUCAAAUCGGCUGCUGAAGCGGGGGGUGGAGGGGGCAAACUAAGUCCCUCCAUCGAGUAGAAGCACCUUUUUUUCUUCACAAUUUCACCCCUUGACAGGAAGGCGAAACGGCGACUUCAGUUGAUUAUCUGUCUUUCCUUUGCUAUCCAAUGGAUAUUCACUGCAAAGCAGACCCCUUCACAGCGAUGCACCGGCACGGAGGUGUGAACCAGCUCGGCGGGGUGUUUGUGAACGGCAGACCCCUCCCGGACGUGGUGAGGCAGCGGAUCGUGGAGCUGGCCCACCAGGGCGUCCGGCCCUGCGAUAUUUCCCGACAACUGCGGGUCAGCCACGGCUGCGUCAGCAAGAUCCUGGGAAGAUACUACGAGACUGGUAGCAUCAAACCAGGUGUGAUUGGGGGGUCUAAACCUAAAGUGGCCACCCCAAAAGUGGUGGACAAAAUCGCAGACUACAAGAGACAAAAUCCCACAAUGUUUGCCUGGGAGAUCAGAGACAGGCUGCUGGCUGAGGGCGUGUGUGACAACGACACUGUCCCUAGCGUCUCGUCCAUUAACAGGAUUAUCAGAACAAAAGUCCAGCAGCCUUUCCACCCGUCUCCUGAUGGGUCAUCACUGUCAGCACCCGGCCAUACAAUCGUACCAAGCACAGCAUCUCCACCUGUAACCAGCGCUUCCAACGACCCUGCAGGAUCCUACUCCAUCAAUGGGAUUCUGGGUAUUCCACGAUCCAAUGGUGAAAAGAGGAAAAGAGAUGACGAUGGUUCAGAUGGUUCUGGCCCAAACAGUGAUUCUCAAGGUAGUGUGGAGAGUUUACGGAAACACCUGAGGGCAGAUGCCUUCACCCAGCAGCAGCUGGAAGCGUUGGACCGGGUCUUUGAACGCCCCUCGUACCCUGAUGUCUUCCCCACACCGGAGCAUAUUAAACCAGAACAGGCUAAUGAGUACACGCUCCCUGCCCUGAAUUCCAGCCUGGACGAAGUCAAGCCCAGUUUAUCCUCUAGCGCCAACCCAGACCUGGGCCCCAGCGUGUCGCAAAGCUACCCUGUAGGUCGGGAUAUGGCCAACACCACCCUACCUGGGUAUCCCCCUCACGUUCCCCCCACAGGCCAAGGCAGCUAUCCCACCUCCACACUCGCUGGAAUGGUUCCUGGGAGUGAGUUUUCGGGGAACCCCUAUAGUCAUCCACAGUACACAACCUACAAUGAAGCCUGGCGAUUCAGCAACCCAGCAUUACUAAGUUCCCCUUAUUAUUAUAGUGCCGCAUCGAGAGGCUCCGCCCCUCCCACUGCUGCCACUGCCUAUGACCGUCACUAGUUACCAUGGAAACCAAAUCAACCUGCAGGACCAUGGCCUCAGCCUCCACAUUGCCCCGGUGUGAACAGCACGGUCCAUUGGACACUGAGCAGCUGCACAUAAUAUGUUCCCGGCUCAUACAAAAAGAAACUUUUUUUGGGGGGAUUCAAGGCGACUGUUGUCCUAUCUCAUUGCAGCUUUUUUUUUUCUUCUUCUUUUUUGGACACACAAUGCCAAGAUAAAAUGAAAUUAAAUAAAUAAAAAAUCCGCAAGACAUCAUCACUGACACUGAAAGACAUUUCACACUCAUUUUGAAAGUUGUGGCUAAUUUUGCAGGUUUAAAAAAAGUAUGAAAAAAAAGAGCCGAGACAAAAGUAUCUGGAUUUUUUUUUUCUCCUCCUGCUGUGCUACACUGUUAACCCAUCGUGGAUCAAUACUUCACAUUCCUUUCUUUGAUGGCUCUCAGCAGGGACAUUGUCCCAAGCUUGAAAUGUAGCAACAGCCCUUUUUUCCUUCUUUUUUUUCUCCUUUUUUUUCGAUUUGUUUCCCACUUGAUUCAAACGGCAACGCAGAGAGAUCACGGGAGAUUAGCAGCAACACGUGCAGGCUGUGACAGCUGUUUUUACCCAUUUGAACAGUCCUCGACCAAACAUCCAGCAUGAAUAAAAUGUUCUCUUUUGAUGCCAUGAGAAGAUUAGGACAUAUUCCCUGUGAUACACAAUCAAGAUGUAAAAAUGAAAAUGAAGUAAAUAAAGAAACAUCAGUUUGAGAAUAGAGGGAGCCGUGACUGUAUAGCACCAUGGCCUACUAUUUGCAAGGUUUCAAUAAACUAGUAAAUAUAUUCUUAAAAUAAUUUUUUUAUUUCAUUUUUAUAAUUCGUAAUGACUAAACUGCAGACUGCUUGGCUAAUGUUUUACUAUUUCUUCUUUGUCAGGAUUCCAGAUUUCAUCAGACGAAACCUUUCUAUGUUGUUUUUUUGUCUUUGUUAAUUUUGCACUAUUUUGGUGGUUUGCAUCACUGGAGCAUUAUUAUGCAGAAAAAAAGGAUUUGCAUAUAUGCUUUGUCUCACAAAAACUCACUGUAAGUCUAAUUAGUCUCAAUCUGAAAAGGCACUUACAGUUUUGCGGUUAAUCUUGUAAUCCAAGGCCCAUCAUGUCACUGACUUGACGUGCACUAUACUACUGAAUGAUCCCACAGCUUAUACUUUGAUUUAAGUUGAUUAAGUCUUUGGCAUUCAUCCACAGAAAAGGAUAUAAGAGCCAUCUCCAAUUCGAACUUCUGUCAUCAUUUGUCUGAUUUUUAAGCAUCCAGAUUCACUCUGAUAUGAUGAUUCUGAUGACUACGAUGAUUUCAAAAAGCAGGGCGAUAAUUUCAGCUAAAUGCCUUAAACAUGACUCCUCCUGACUUUAGCUCCCUCACAUGUUCUGGGCCAAUUCUUUCUUUGAAUCAAGUUGGAAUAAUGGUUUCUUCAUCUGUCAAGUGAAUGUAUUUAUAUUUGCCAAAGACUUAGUUCUUGUUAAUGUUUAUUUACAGGCUGCUGAUAUGCGUCAUCAGAGCAGUAUUAUUAUUAGGAAAAGCCCACAUUGUUCACAAGGAAAACUAUAUGUUUGAAUUCUAUGCAGUGCAGAGAUGGUCAUCAUAUGCAUAUUCAGCUGCAAACCUAAAGGUAGGUGGAGUUUAUUUAAUGUUAUGUUAUGUUAUGUUAUGUUAUGUUAUUUGCAAAUUGUUCAUUUUGUAGAGGCAUUUUUGUGUGUGAUGUGAAGACACUUCUCUGUAAAUACAAUAAGGAAAAAAUGUUCAUGGGUAUUAUCACUUUCA